AUGCAACAAACUCGUUAUAGUUCUUCACAUAUGGAAAGUUCAGUUACAAGACUUUUAGUGGCCACAAAGAUGUUACUUGAAGCAUUGACAAAAUGGUCUUUGGGUCAACGCACAGAAUCACAAGUAUCAGAUAUUUACGUGAGAUUAGGAAACGAUUUCAAUGUUGCCAAUGUGGCUUUUGGAAGCUAUGGGAUUGACAUGAGCGAUUUGACUUCUGUACCCGAUGAUCUACGAGAUUGUUUGGAGAGGUGCUUAUCCGAAGACGCUUCUCCGCAAACUUUGGAGAUACACUUACCAAGAAUCAGAGAGAUCAUUAUCGGCUUGCUGCAAGGCUUGAAGAGCAAACAAGCUGAAUACAAACAGUUGGUCAUGCAAAGGCGUGCAUCUGCAAGGUCAAGCAAGACGAAGACUGAACGUGGAGCGAUCGUCGAUAGCAGUACUAUCACUUCUGCGAUUCCAGAAAGUAGCAGAUUGUCAGGCGCGAACGGAGGUGAUGUUAUGCCAAGGGAUGGUAUGGGAAGAAGCUCGACAGGUGCAGGAGCUUCAGUGUUUGGUGACGACGUUCGAAAGAGUAUAACUGGAAAGCGACCUAUCAAUGCACCGCCAAUCACAGAAGAGGCAGCAUCAUCGAUACAAAGACCCACCAGUGCAUCCUCCUCACGUCAAUCUGAUCAAGUUCGACCUCCACACAGACGAAAUCCAAGUGUUCGAGCAUUGAAAAGUCGAGAUGCCCUGGAGAGAAGGGCGAGCAAGAGGUUCAGUGCUUAUACAUUCAACAAGAUGGGCGUCGGUCUCAAUCAGGCCAAUCAUCGAAAUGUGAGUGGAUCUAGGACUCCAACGGCAUCAUCUUGGAAUGCUAAACAAGCCAAUAGUAUGGCUUUGUUCUUGCAACUUGGUCGACAAACGAAGAAGGUCAAUGUCGAUUUGGAUCCAACAGCGCCAUUUAAAGGUCUAAGCACUGGCAAGUUGCGUAUGUUAUUCAUGGACAAGUUCUCUUACUCGCCUGGAAAAGAAGACUUUCCAACGAUAUAUGUCAAAGAUGCUCAUAGCGGAGUCACGUAUGAGCUCGAAGACCUUUCCGAAUUGACAGACGGAACAGUUUUGACGCUCAACAUAGAACCGCUGGAUCAAGUAAAACAACACCUCGAUCUCACACUUGGCAGUAUCACGCGUGAAUUGCGUGAUCUCAAGACUGCAAUGCAAGAUCGUGAUCGUGAAUGGAGCCGUAGAAUAUCUGCACACCCUCACGAUGGUCUCUCCCCACAAAUUUCAAUGGCUCCUCGUAUUAGUGAUGCACAAUUUGCCAAAGCAGGAGCGAGAGUCGCACAGUACAAACGUGCAACGAUGCCCAAAUCUGUUGCUUGGCAAAUGGCCGGUGAUCAAUUGAAGAAGCAAUACGAUGAAGUGCUGAAUGUACGAAGACAAUUGGCAGUCAUGGCACAAAUUCAAGAUGAUUUCAAAUCAGACGUUGGCGGCUUGCUUGGUACAUUGCGUGAACAGGCAAAACGGGUCAGGACUAUUGCCGCAAUGGAAGUACCAACAGAAAGGAACUUUAUCAUCACUGGAAAAGCAAGACUAGACAGUAAUUCUCAAGAAGUUCUGACGCUGGUCGAAGAUUUGCUUGACUUGGUCGAUGAUCUGAAAUCAGACGUGAUCCAACGUGGAGUGAAGCCGAAGCCACAUGCUAUGAAAAAGCUUUCAGAGGAUAUCGAUCGUGCUACACGUGGAUUAGAAGAAUUGUCGAAAUACGUUGAUUUGGUUAAGCCUAGUUGGAAAAAGACUUGGGAAAUGGAAUUGCAAAACAUUGUUGAUGAACAAGAGUUCCUAAACCACCAAGAAGGAUUGAUUGCCGAUCUCAAAGAAGACCAUGCAAAUUUGCAAGACGUCUUUCAUAACAUUCAAGAAGUUGUUAAAUUGCGUGGUGCAAACAAAUUCAACCUUUUGGGAAGUGGUGCAAACAGCGAAAAUGCAUUGUCUAAUAUAUCCUUACGUACAUACAUUCCCCCACCACCUGAAGAAGGUCAUGAAGGCCUGUCGACCGUUAUGAUGGAGGUGAAGUCGCAAAGACCCGAUCACGAGAAACGGUUGAAAGCAUUGGAAGCGGCGGAAAAGCAACGAUUAAAGGAGAAUCAUCAAAGGAAAACACAAGAAGAUGAAUUCCAAUCUGAGUUGACCACUUUUGUUGAUGGAAAAGCUUUGAGAAAGACUGGAGGUUAUAUGGAAACGGAGAGAAUACGCGGGAAACGUGACAAGAUGACAUUGAAUGCAAUGUUUGGAGCUGGAGGUGUUGGAGGAGCACCAAUUUCGGAUACUGUCAAAGCACCACCAAGAAAAUUAGUUGUGGGAGGAAAGAGCAGCGGCGGUACAAGCGACAAUGGAAGCAAGGAAGCUUUAACGCCUACGGCAGGCUAUUCCUCAAAUGGAAGUUAUAGUGGUGAAUUAUUGGGAGAAGCAUCAACCCCACCGGAAACGUUUUCUGAUGAAGUUUCGGAGAAUUAG